AUGUAUCACGAUACGCAAAGCGCGGUGCAUGUCUCCAAAUUGGCGGCUGAGAAGUUAUUCCCGCAGGUUAUCGUCACAACCCCUUUAGCGAUCGGCGUGUCGGAACAUUGGAUGGAUCACAAAGGCACGCUCACGCUUCGUCCGGAUGUUUUUGGUGAAGUGCUUUAUGACGUCGCUGAUAGUAUGCGCCGGCACGGCAUUGACAACAUCCUGAUUGUCAAUGGGCAUGCUGGAAAUGCCGGUCCAGUGCAUCAGCGGUUAGAUGGCUACCGAGAUAAGCUCGGCAUCAACAUCGAAUUUCACUCCUAUUGGGAAGCGUACAAUGAAGAACUGGUCAAGGAGCAGAUGGAAUCUGGGGUCUGUCCUGGACACGCGGCGGAAUUCGAGACAGCAUUUGCCUUCGCUGCUUUUGCAGAAAACGUUGACUGGAACGGUGUGGAUUACGACAGCGCGAAACUCACCAUCUCAGAUGCAGGGCAGGCAAAAUCCGACCGAGAAUACCAUCAUCAAGCGAAAUUGGCGACAGUCGAAAAAGGACAAGCGAUGAUUGAUGUUGCCGUGACUGGGUCGCUGCACGGAUGGAAUCGAUGCUUUCAUAGACUUGCUAUAGCUGUAGGCGCGCCACUGACGAGGUUUCUUGGGGAAACACCCUAA